UGCGACCUGCUGCUGCACCUUAGGAGUCUCCACCUAAAUGAAUAGCCUCGGCCCCCGCGCGAGACAGACGAAUUCAGCGAGCUGAUUAUGCCGAGAUAAAGGAGCAUUAUUAGGACCCGCAGCUCCGUCCAAAAUAAUGGCAUGCGACGGUUCCCCCGAAGAGGACUUCCCGGAGAAAGUGAUGCCCUGCACGUGUAGUAAGAAGUGCAGGGGUCGCAGCAGCAGCGCCGUCUUCCUGGGAUUAUUCCUGCUGUCGCUGUUCCUGCACGCACUCACCCUCGUCUGCUACCUGGACCUGCGGUCCGAGGUGAAAAGGGAAAUUAGGCACCAGAAGCGGGACUCUGUGAUGGCACUGAGCCAUGGGAGUGAGCCACCUGAGCCACCUGAGCCGCGAGAGAUCAGCACCGGUAUCAGCAGCAGCAGCAGCGGAGGAGGAGGGGGAAGAGGAAAGGAGGAGAACUUACUGUAUAGAAACGGUGACUUCCGUGCCACGGAGGACAACAGGGGCAUCACUCAGCGGGCAAAAAGAAGUCCCAGCAAGGAGCCAGAUGCAGAAUCGACUGGAAAAGAGAGAAGGAGAGACAAGAAAAAAGGGAAGAAAAGGAACGUCCCGGGGCCUCCCGGUCCCCCGGGUCCGCCAGGUCCACAAGGGCCACCGGGCAUACCUGGAAUCCCCGGUUUUCCAGGAAACAACAUCGUGGGGCCCGCGGGACCCCCUGGACCCCCUGGGCCGCAGGGACCACCGGGCGCUCCGGGUCCGACAGGGGUUCCAGAUAAGACCAAAACAAAGGACUUCCAGCCCGCCGUGGUUCAUUUACAAGGACAGGAAACAACCAUCCAAGUAAGAGAAGAUCUCUCUCAAGGCGUCCUUAGGAACUGGAAGAUGGUGUCCAUCCAUCACCGCGUGUUCAAAAUGCACUCGCGCACGGGGCAGCUGGAGGUGCUGCUGGACGGUGUCUACUUCAUAUAUAGUCAGGUAGAAGUGUACUACCUCAACUUCACUGACAUCGCCAGCUACGAUGUGAUGGUGGACUCCAACCCGUUCCUCCGCUGCACCUGCAGCAUCGAGACGGGCCAGCGCAAGUUCAACACCUGCUACACGGCCGGGGUGAGCCCCCUCCGCGCCGGCCAGAGGAUCUCCAUCCGCAUAGCUCACGAGUACACGCUCAUCAACAUGACCAACCACACCACCUUCCUGGGGAGCGUCAGACUCGGAGAGGCGCCAUCUGCUGGACAGAACGGAUAACUGCAGCAGCCACCGGCCCGUCUUGCAUGAUCGACACAGUUGCUCGGAGCUGUCGCACACGGUCGCGGAGGACUGGAACGUUGACGAGGAGCAACCUGCAGCCCAUGAGGAUGCUUGGGGUUAUAUGAGGGAGCCCCCGGGUGACUCGUCCAUAUUAAAAAAGGACAAUAAAGACCGUCAUGCUUCAAUUCACUCCGAUUCUGUGCAUAGAGACAAACCCCCGACGAGGCGCAUAUCCUCACCAAACACUAUUUUUAUUUUUAUUUAUAGUCACCCUUUUGUGUCAUCACACGCACAGUCUUUCUCUCUUAGAAAGGACACUGCGCUGACAGAUAUAGUAAGAUAGUAACUGAGUACUUUCAAGUGCUGUUGAAUGAUAAUCUUGUAUCUCCAAAAAACACCAGCUGUUUGAAAUGUUGUUUUCUCUGUCGUUCAUUUAACCGUUUUAAGUAAAGGAGUUAAAAACUCUGUAAAGGUGCAAGUAAAAGGCAUGAAAUCUGGAGUUAGAAGGUAUUCACAAAGCAACAGCACUAUAUAUUUUGCGCACAUUUGCACUACAGCGUCCCAGAAUACCAGUGAUAUGUUUUUAGCAGUGCUCUUGUUUAGUUACCUUAUGACUGAAUCAUGUAGAAAAGCAACACUUGUUAAUACCUGUCUGUACAUACUGUAUAUAAAAGGGAAUAUACUUUUGUAAAUGGAGUUGAUUGAUGGAUUAAAAUGUUGUCAUUUUC